GAUUUGGUUUGCCGAAGGAAGAAAGAAAGUACAGUGUGUUAGAUUUGUACGGACACGACAUGUCAGAGAUCAAGAGAAUUGCGGUGGUGGGCGGCGGCCAAAUGGGCUCCGGAAUAGCCCAACUCGCCGCCAUGCACGGUUGCGAUGCUUGGCUCCUUGACACCGACCCAAAUGCUCUCACCAGAGCCUCCAAGUCUAUCUCUACCUCCAUCCAGCGCCUCGUUUCCAAAGGGCAACUCACUCAGGCUGUUGGUAGUGAUGCUUUGGGCCGUCUGCGAUAUACCUCAGACUUGCAAGAACUUGCUUCGGCAGAUGUUAUUAUUGAAGCUAUUGUGGAGUCUGAAGAUGUGAAGAAAAAGUUAUUUGUUGAACUUGACAAGAUCACCAAAAGUUCUGCCAUACUGGCAUCUAAUACAAGUUCCAUCUCCAUAACUCGUCUAGCAUCAGCAACUAGCAGGCCAAAGCAGGUGAUUGGCAUGCAUUUUAUGAAUCCUCCUCCUAUAAUGAAACUUGUUGAGAUUGUGCGAGGAGCAGACACAUCAGAUGAGACUUUUGAUGCAACAAAAGCAUUGGCAGAAAGGUUUGGAAAGACAGUAAUAUGCUCCCGAGAUUAUGCUGGCUUUGUUGUGAAUAGGAUCCUAAUGCCGAUGAUAAAUGAAGCAUUUUUCACACUCUAUACUGGUGUUGCAACAAAGGAAGACAUUGAUGCUGGUAUGAAGUUGGGAACAAAUCAUCCAAUGGGGCCUUUAGAGCUUGCAGAUUUCAUUGGAUUGGAUGUCUGCUUAUCAAUUAUGAAAGUUCUCCAUGCUGGACUUGGCGAUAACAAAUAUGCUCCCUGCCCACUUCUUGUACAGUAUGUUGAUGCAGGUCGGCUUGGAAGAAAACGAGGUAUUGGGGUAUAUGAUUAUAAUCAAAUGGCUGGUGCUGGAAAAGCUUCUUCGAAGCUUUAAAGUUUGGGCUUACUCGGAUUAGCAAACUGCUUUUGUUGAUAUAUGUUGCAGUUCACUUGGAAUAACCGUGCAAGAACUGUUGGCAGCCAAACAGCUUACUGUGUUACUGUCUUCACAUUAUGCACCAAAUUUUAUAGAAAAAAAUGUGUUCAGAAGCUGUAAAAUGAUAGUGUUACCUUUCCUUUUAGAAAGGUUCAUACUUCAUAAGCCUGUAAACUGAUAGAACCAAAUUCUUGAUAUGGCUUGGAGGUUUCUUGUACAUGCCUGGCAUUUGGUACGAGUUAUAUGACGAAGGACUAGUGACCCCAUGGAAACGAAAACUUGGUUGUAGGUUGGUGCCAUCAGGUAGUGAUAAUGACAACUAAAUCGAUCAAUCAAAUGU